ACACUCGAGGAAGAAAAGGAGGGUAAACGAUGGUGGAGGCGGCGUCCGCCGACGCCGCGGCGGCUGCGGCUGCAACGCGGACGCUGCGAUGGGCGGGACGCGCGGGGUACCUGCGAGGCGUGCCUCGCGCCGCGGUGAUCGCCUCCGUCGGCUCCGUCGCCAAGGCGUACGUGUCGCUGCUCAACACCACCACCGUCCACAACGCCGACGCGCUACACCGCCUCGUCUCCUCGCGGCCCCACGGCACACCGCUCCUCACCGUCAGCAACCACAUGUCCACGAUAGAUGACCCUUUCAUGUGGGGAUUCAAGGGUUUCCCUAUUACAGAUGCAAAGCUUGCAAGAUGGGUGUUGACUGCAGAGGAUAUCUGCUUCAGGAAUGUAUUCAUGUCUUACAUGUUUCGACUUGGGAAAUGCGUUCCAAUCACAAGAGGAGCUGGAAUAUAUCAAGACCAUAUGAAUGAAGCCCUUGAAGUGCUUAGCACUGGAGGCUGGUUGCAUUCAUUUCCUGAAGGAAAAGUAGCCCAAGAUCACCAACCAAUCAGACGACUGAAGUGGGGAACUGCAAGUCUUAUUGUUCGAGCACCUGUAACACCAAUAGUUCUGCCUAUUGUUCACACAGGUUUUGAUAAGGUUAUGCCAGAGAAAUCAUUCUUUGGGCGCCGUCCACCAUUGCCUCUCUGCGGCAAGGAGAUACACAUGAUCGUGGGAGAACCAGUAGAUUUUGAUCUGCCAAGGUUAAAGCGGGCAGCAGCAUCAAUGCCUCAAGAUACAUCCUUCGAAAGGAAAGGUUGGCCAACCAUCACGGAAGACGAUCUUGAUGAGUCAGCGCAGAGAUGGCUUUACCAGGAGAUGUCGGAUAAGAUCCGGUCUGUGAUGGAGGGGUUGAGGAAAACGCUUCUGAGCCUGAAGCAGCCCUGAUCUUUUCUGUCCUUGACGAUGGUACAUUUUUUUCUCCCGGUACCUUACUGAAUUUGUCAGAGAGUAUAGCUCCAUUACCCAGUCUCAGAUUAUCCAACACACAGUUAUAACGAUUGAAGCGGUGAUGAGAAUUAGAGUUCAGAACAGUGCUAAUUUGUAAGAAUUUCCAAGCAGCUAGCUAGUCUGUUGGUUGUUCGGGCUAGAUCGCCAUUUUUUCCACCGAGGCUUGUGAAUGAGUCGUACUUUUUAUCGCACGUCUUGUGAUUACUACUGUUCCAAGGAUCCAAGUUACCAGCUA